GAAAGUCCUAAAAGCAGGGUUGACGUUUGAAAGCGCUUCAUUCGCAGCGGAACGCAGUGAACAGAAAUCUGUUUUACAUCCAUUUUAAUGACUACACAACAAAGAGGAAUUCUGGCGAAAUGGUGUCAAUCUUCGCUGUGCAUGUGGUGUUUCUGCUGACUAGAUGUGCCAGCUUCCUGUCCAUGCACUGUAACUGUUCUCAAGCUCCCAAUGGUACAACAACCUAUCACCUCUCAGAGCCCCCGCCUUCAAUGAAUUGUGAAACAGAGUGGGCAUAUCCAAAUGGAUCCACGCUGACCUUUAAAGGUGAAACAAAUGCAAAUCAGGUUCUGGGUCUGACCAGACAGUCCAUCACUACCACAGUCUGUCUGGGCAGCCUGAAGUAUACGGUGGACUGUGUAAAGCCUCAGGUGGUGAAUAAAGUAGAAUGUAACUGCACCAUGGAACCAAGAAGCCCCUCUAAUCCUGACCACAUCAAGGAUGUCAGACCAGAUGCAGGGUUUUCAUGCUCAACAGUUUCCUGUGUGUAUCAAGAAUGGUUCAUCAACGAAAGGACAUCCAGCCAACUUGACACAACCAUGGGAAGCAUUGGAGUCAACAUGGGCCAGCAUCCCUGUGGAACGCUUUUGCCCGUGCCCCAACGAAUUGAUGCUGUUCUGAGAGCAAUAUUACGUUUUGUACACUCCAUGUAUAUGUCUACCACCAUGAGUCAAGGCAGAAAGAUGGUGACCUCUAUAUGACUUCUGAAUGACUGCCAUUUUGGAUUUCAGUGUUUCUGUCAACUUACCCCCUCCUACUAUUUACCCUAGCUAUGUCCCCAUGUUCAUCCACUCUCUCAAUUCAAUAUAAUUUCAAUUUAAGGGCUCUAUUGGCAUGGGAAACAUGUUUACAUUGUCAAAGCAAAUUAAAUACAUAAUAAACAUGAAAUUAACAAUACAAAAAUGAAUAGUAAAUAUUAUACACAAGUUCUAAAAGAAUAAUGAUAUUUCAAAUGUCAUUAUGUCUAUAUACAGUGUUGUAA